AUGUUGCUCGGACAAUGUAGAAUGGUAGGCAUGGUGAAAAUAUAUCUUGAGAUGACUCUAAAACCUUGUCCAACAGUAAAACCCUCAAUUCUGCCCGGCCCGGCCCGGCCCAUUACUGCUGCAAUACAAUUAAUAAGCCUCCAUAACCCCACAACAAUCUCCAUUCCAUCAAAGCAUCAUCUCCAUUUGCAUACUAACACCACCCUACACUCCAUUGAUGAGAGCACAGAUCGAGUUGCAGAUUAUGAGCGAGACAUUAACUCAGUAUUCAUCUCCUUCAUUUACUAUUCUGAAGCUUUGUACGAAGAGAUUUUAAACAGUUUUUUCACAGAUUUUGAUUAA